UGCCAAUUAGUAGUACGAAUAGACACUCUUCUUCUCUGUGUUUACUCUCCACUUCACGUCUGGCCCUGGGGCAUUAAUCCGUCUUGGUCUUCCUUGUCCAUUUCGGCUUACGAGAAGCUGGGGGAAAUACAUUGAUACGACACGAAUCACCUCAACCGCCAGACUGCCAUCCCAUGUUCCUCAGCACUUAACAGACUCAGUGUCCCGCCAAUGGUUCGCCAAAGACACAAGACUCACCUCCAAUCCAAGACACAGACGCCAACUGGUCUUUCCGAAACUACAUCUCCGACUGCAAGUAACCAGUGUUUCGACAACUCCGGGAUCAAUAAGAUGAGCUGGGCUACCCAGAACAAGUGGAUCAUCCUCGCCAUUGCGAGUGGUGCCUGCGCUGCAUUCAACGGCGUCUUUGCUAAGCUGACAACCACGGAACUCACCACAUCUAUCUCACGGAGUCUCUCCACGUUCCUCCACUUAUCAAGCGUUGAAGGAGCCUUUGAAGUCGUUCUCCGAGGAGCUUUCUUCGGUCUUAAUCUGCUUUUCAACGGCGUCAUGUGGACCUUAUUCACCCAAGCACUGGCCAAGGGAAGCUCCACCACUCAGGUCUCUAUCAUCAACACAUCCUCCAACUUCGUCCUCACUGCUUUCCUCGGGCUAGUCAUCUUCUCCGAAUCCCUUCCCCCACUGUGGUGGCUGGGGGCCACGCUCCUCGUCGCCGGCAACGUCAUCGUCGGCCGGAAGGACGAGACGGGGGAUUCCGAGACUAAUGCUGACGGCGCUGCUAACUUAUACGACCCCGUACCGCAGCAGAGGCCUGAUUUGUUCAAUGAUGAAGAUGAUGAUGAUGAUGUCCGUGGUGGAGCCAAGCCGGCUCGCCAGGGCGUCGAUGAGGACAUCAUCGAUUUGGGGGAUUUGACUGGGCCCGAGACUAGCAAUGGAGAUGGCGCGGAGAGGAGGUGACAGACCAUAUCUGUUGUGGAUGCACCGACUUUGGACAUAGAAAUUAUAGCCCACGAGGCUUCUGUGGCAGAUAACUGACAACACUAGAUACGGAGUAAUUAUAGUAUAUAUGUGUGGCUUAGACCAAUUUCCUAGGCAGUCCAGACAUGGAUGAGCAAAACAGCUGUUCUGAUUUGCUCCUCGUCUAUGUUGGUCGUUUACAACGAUCAGAAAUCUCCC